UGGGGAGGCAGGACCCAAUUUUGGGGGAGCGGAAACCAAUUUGGGCAGUCGGAACACAUUUUUACUGGUCAGGACCCAUUUUGGAGACAAUUUUGGCAGGUCGGGACCAAAUUUUCAGGGGUCAAGACCCAGUUUGGGGGGUGACACCCAACUUUAAGGAGUCAGACUCAAUUUAGUGGUUCAACACCCACUUUUCAGGGGUCUAUAGCCCAUUUUGCAGUGCAGGUCCACUGGGGAGUCACCACUCAAUUUAGGGGCAUCAGGACCCAAUUUCAGGGCUCAACACCCAAUUUUCAGGGAUACACAUCCAGUUUUAGGUGUGCAGGACCCAAUUUGGGGGGCCAUUACCCAACGUGGGGGAUCAGCACGUAAUUUUGGGGGGUCAGGACCCAAUUUUGGGGGUUCAGCACCCAAUUUUGGGUUCAGUUGUGUGAGGUCAGGUGCAAAUCAGAUGGGGCAAUCAACCAAUUUUAGGGGCCAGGACCCAAUAUUGGGGGGAUCAGCACUCAAUUUCGGGGCUCAACACCCAAUUUUGCAGGGCCCCACACCCAAGCUUAGGGGGUCAGGACCCAAUUUGGAGGGUCAGCACUCAAUUUUCAGGGGUCAACACCCAACUUUGGGUUCUCUGGACCCAAUUUUGGGAGUUCAACCCCCAAGUUUGGGGUCUUAGCCCGCAAUGGAGAGGGUCAGGACCCAAUUUCAGAGCUCAACUCCCAAUUUUGAGAGUGGUCAGUACCCACUUCUUGGGGCUCAGCCCCCAAGUCGGGGGCUCCCCACCCACUGUUGGGGUGUCCCCACAGGCGAGGUGGCAGGCCCGUACUUCACGGGCCACAUCACUGACCAGGUGACACAGGAGGAUGCGUCGGUGGUCGUGUGGCCCUUGGUGGUGCUGGGGCUCGGCAGUGCCCUCACCGAGCUGGCCUGUGAUGGCACAGCGGCCGUGGCGCUGACGCGGGCGCGGGCGCGGCUCCAGUGUGGCGCGGUGGCCGCGGUGCUGCGGGGGGACGUGCCUGGCCCGGGGGGCAGCCUGGGGGACACGCCGGGCGCGGUGGCCGCACGGGUGACGGGGGACGCGGAGGCGGCGCACGCGGCACUGGCCGACGCGGUGGUUCCGGCGCUGUGGGCGCUGGCCCGGGCCGUGGCCCUGCUCGCUGUGAUGGCCUCGCUGGCCCCGCUGCUGGCCCUGGUCACCCUCCUGGUGCUGCCCCUCCUCCUGCUGCUGCCACGUGCCAUCGCGCGCAUCCAGCAGGACCUGGCGCGGCAGGCGCGGGCGGCACUGGCUGGUGCCACCGCGGUGGCUGUGGAGUCACUGGGGGCCCUGAGGACUGUCCGGGCCUUUGGACACGAGGCCGGAGUGACCGCACGUGUCCAGCAGCGCCUCAGCCACGGCCACCAGCUGGAGUGUGGGGAGGCGCUGGCCUAUGGGGCCGCGCGCUGGGCCAGCGGGUUCCCGCCGCUGCUCAUGAAGCUGGGACUGCUCCUUGGGGGGGAACGCUUGGUGGCUGCGGGGACCAUCACCCCUGGGGAGCUGGUCACCAUCCUGAUGUGCCACCUGAACUUCACCCAGGCUGUGGAUGUGAGGAGCAUGUCCCCACUGUGUCCCCAGCCUAUUCCCAGUGUGUCCCCAGCCUGUCCCUCCUGUGUCCCCAACCUAUCCCCAAUGUUUUCCCCGCUUGUCUCCAAUGUAUCCCCAUUCUGUCCCCCACCUAUCUCCAGUGUGUCCCCGGUAUGUCUCCAGUGUGUCCCUGUUCUGUCCCCAGCCCCAUUCCCCAU